CAUGUGCUUUUGAGGCAGAGUGACUGGAAGGAGACCAGGCUGUGACAAACCUAGCUGUUUUUUAAAGAAGGAGAAGCAGCUCCAAAUUAACGAAAGCAUGUACUGCACCAGACGCUGCCUCCGGACCGCGCUGCGGGUUGCGGCGAGCAUUAACCGGCAACAGCUUCAGCAGCAGACGCCAGCCCUGUGUGCUCUCAGACUUCUAAGGACCAGUCCAGCCACCCACUCAGAUGCCAUCGCCACCCCUCAAUUUGACGGAGCACCCAAACAGUAUUCCCCCAAAAUCCAACAGCUAGUCAAUGACAUAGCCAGCCUCACCUUGUUAGAGGUGUCAGACCUCAAUGAGCUCCUCAAGAAAACUCUGAAUAUUAAGGAUGUUGGAAUGAUGCCAAUGGCUGCAUCAGCUCCAGCUGGGGCUCAGGCCGCAGAAGAGGAAGAAGCACCAAUCAAGAAAGAGAAGACUCACUUCACAGUAAAACUGACAGAGCUAAAGGCAGCUGAAAAAGUCAAACUUAUAAAGGAAGUGAAGAAUUGCAUCCAAGGCUUGAACCUAGUGCAGGCUAAAAAACUAGUGGAGUCUCUUCCCCAGGAAAUCCGGGCCAACGUAUCCAAGGAAGAUGCAGAGAAACUGAAGGCAGCCCUGGAGGCAGCAGGUGGCACUGUGGUGCUAGAGUAGAGCAGCUGCCCUCCUACCCUGCUGCUCAUGCACUUCGUCCUUCAUUGUUCUUUUUCUUCAUUUUUUACACGACAAAGAAGACAGGAUGCCAGGAGAAAAGAUAACAAAAAAAAUGCCUUCUGCAAUGAAUACUGUCUUUUAACAGCGUCAGGUGUGGCGGUACAACUCAGACUGAACUUUCCAGGCACAGAGCCUGCACCAACAGCCGCCCCCGCUGUUUGCUUGUCCAUUUGCCUGCUCAUGUGUCUGUCUGAUACUUGUGUAGCAAACAAGCUACAUAAGUACUGGCCUGUGUGCAAAGUACGUAAGUUGGUCAUACUGUAUGUGUGUGUAUGUUAAUCUUUUCACAGAACUAAAGAUUAUACUGUAAGGACAUGGUUACCAUUACCUAUGAUGAAAAACACCAGAUAUGUGAUUCAGGGAAUGGCAGGGCUGAGUCCUUACAUUGCUUAUAGAAUUGUCGAUUAUGUGAUUAAAAUUUGAAAUAUC